AUGACUUCAACUCUGGAACCGCCUAUCUACGCUUCGGCAGACGGUUACGAAACGCCGAUCCAUCUGAAGCACCACCCGCACGAUGAAUCUGCACUGAAAGCCAUCCAGAACCGUAAGCCGAUAUCGUGGCUGGCAGUUGACGAAACUGAUCGCGGACCACCGCCACCACGGGGAAUGUACAGAAAUAUAGCGUAUUUUUGA